AUGGAUGGAAAUCAAGAAACGCUGAAAGAAGAUGGCCUCGUACUAUUAGCACUGGUUGGUAUGAAAUAUCCAUGUCAUCCCAAAAUGAAAGAGGCCGUGAAAGAAUGCCAGAAUGCAGGAGUAGAUGUCAAGAUGAUCACCGGCGACGAUGUUUCCAUUGCGAAAGACAUAGCCAGAGAGUGUGGAAUACUAAUGGAUACAGAUGAGGACGGUGCAGUAAUAACUGGUGAGGAGUUUCGAGGCUACUCUCCAAAUAAAAUAAUUGAUGAAGUAGACAAAAUCCAAGUCAUGGCAUGCUCAUCUCUUGAUGAUAAACUACUAAUGGUGAAAACAUUGAAGAAAAGAGAUCACAUCGUUGCAGUCUCUGGGUAUAGCAGAAAUGAUGUAUUGGCAUUGUUAGAAGCUCAUAUAGGAAUCUCCAUGGGAAUCCUAGGCACCGACGAAGUUGGCAAGGAAAAUUUCGGUAUGUUUGAGCUCACUCUCAAUCUUGCUGCUCUUGUUGUCUUCUUUCUUUCAGCAGUUUCAGCUGGUGAAGUCCCAUUGAACUCGACCUUAGUAUUAUGGCUGAACUUGAUCAUAAAUACACUGGCUUCUAUGGCUCUUGCAACAGAGAAGCCCAGCCAUGGUACCCCAAAAAAAUCCAUCCAGAGACAACAUGUGGAUAAAGAAGAGCCACUCAUGUCCCAUGUCAUGUGGAGGAAUCUCUUGGGUCAAGUUAUGUAUCAGAUUGUUGUCGUUUUGACAUUACUGUUCAAGGCCAAAUCAAUUUUGGGUUUUGAAGCUAAGAUGGCCAAUUUAACUGACGCUGAAGAAAUCAAGGAAAUGAAGGCAUAUUUUAUUAAGGAAAGAAAUACCUUGCUCUUCAAUGCUUUCCUGCUGUGCUAA